AUUCAGUAUUUGGAGGUGUGGACAAAACGUACUGAACUAACUCUGCCAACAUGGAUGAAACUACAGUCAAGCUUCAACCUAGAACAAAUUGACGUAAUCGUUCACCUAAAACAAACAAAAAAACCCUAACGGAGAUAAUCCCAGUCAAUGGGAGGAAAGCCAGACUGAGCUGCAAGUGAGAUUUUAAUCGAGUGUUAUAACGUAGGAAGGACUUAGUUUGAAGCAAAACAGUUAGCUUGUUCGGUAAAUCCCCCUGGGUGCUGGUUGUCGCGGUGCUGGCCUCCAGUGAACACCAGAGGGCGACACUGAGGAUUACAAUCAGCUGAACUCAUCCAUCAUCCCAGAACCAGGUCCAGAACGGUUCUGACGGGUCAGAACCAGCAGGUCAUCCUGGUUGGUAGCAGCAUCAUCAUGCUGAGGGGUGAUCUGAUCAGGAGAGGAACGUCUCUCAGCUAGCAGCGCUAACUUCUCCAUGCUGUUAGCAGGAUGAUACAUGAGCAGAACCAUCCGGACCGGAACAUUAUGUAUUAGAACCUCGUGCUGAAAGCCGCCUGCCUUUUAUACCAAAAUAAAUAAAAACAGAAUAAUAAACAUUUCAGCUGCAGCUGCUGGCUCUGCCGGCAGAGGGCGCGCUGAUCAGCAGCAUCGAUCCGCGAUCGAUACUUCUCUGGGUUUCUUCAGCCUUCCUCUUGGGGAGGAAGAAGAGGCGUGUUCGGAACCCUGACCCGUUUAGGCCCAGAAGGUUCUGUGGCUGGUGUGGGUUCGGAACACCGAACUGGGUCAUUCCUCCGGCCAGUAAAAGCUGGAGCAGCGGUCCGGACGGACCGAGAGGGAGCGGCUCCGGAAGGAAGGAAGGGAGGGAGGGUUCGGGUAUCUGGUUGGGUUCGGGACCCAAACUGGACGCGGGGAAAAGAAGUCUGGAAACGGAGAGGAGGAACUGAUUCCCACCGCAGCGGCAGAAAUGUUACCGCUGAUCUUGACGGUUUACCUCAACGACACCCAGCAAAUGCUAACCGAGGUCCCUGUUACCACGGCAACCAGAGUGACCGACGUGGUGGAGUUCUGCAAGGAGGCAGGCGAGUCCGAGUGCCACCUGGCCGAGGUCUGGAACGGACACGAGCGUCCGCUCCCUCAGGAGCUGCUGCUGUUGGAUCUGCUGAACGCCUGGGGGGCCAGGAGGCCCGAGGUCCGCUACUACCUCAGACACCGCCCCCUGUGGCCACCAGGAAGCCCUCUGGUCUCGGAUCAGAACCGGACUUCAGUGGCAGCAGAGAGCGAUGAGGUCCCCCAGGUGGAGCUGACCCUCUCUGAGCUCCAGGAAAUGGCCACCAGGCAGCAGCAGCAGAUCGAGGCGCAACAGCAGAUGCUGAUGGCAAAGGAGCAACGGCUGCGGUUCGUUCAGCAAGGCAGCAGAACCAACACAGGACACUCACAGCUCUUUGUCUCUCUGCAGGCGGAGGCGGAGCAGCUGCAGCGCCUCAAGGAGCGGGUGGAGAGCCAGGAGGCGAAGCUGAAGAAGAUCCGCGCCAUGAGAGGCCAGGUGGAUUACAGCAGGCUGAUCAACGGGAACCUCACCGCAGAGAUCCACCAUGUGAGCAGCUUGUUCCAGGAGAAGCAGGAUGAGCUGCAGGCCGCCGUCAGCAAAGUGGAGCAGCUGACCCAGCAGUUGGAGGACCUGAGGAGGGGCCGCCUUCAGCUGCAGAGCGACGCCCAGAGGCUGGCGGAGACCUCUGGGUCCCCGGUGGGACCCGGCGCCCAGAAGGGCUCCUUGUUAUCCGGCUCUGCUGGCGUGGAGCUGAGAAAGCUCUACCAGGAGCUGCAGGCCCGGAAUCGUCAGAACCUGGAGCAGAGCGGCCGGCUGACCCAGAACCAGGAGCUGCUGUCCAAGCGGACGGGUCAGGUGGCGGCCAUGGACCGCCGGAUCGGAGAGCUGAGGGACCGUCUGCACAGGAAGAGAGCAGAGCUGAGCCGGAAUGAGGUCCCCUCCUCCCCCCGGACGACCCCGCAACCCGGCGCUGCCGUCUCCGGCCGAGUGGCGGCCGUCUGCCCAUACGUCCAGACGCCGGCUGAUGGGAGGCGCGACCCAGGACGCCUGGCGGACCCCCCGCCCAAAGCCGCGCCACUGAGCCACGUCCGCUCCCUAUCAGUCAGUGACGCUCCGUGGCCCAACAUCAGCCAGACUGGACCUGACUGGAAAACCUGCAGUCCAGAACCGCAGCUGCGACCCUCCGGCUACGGGACGUACCCCAGCGCCGCCCAUCAGGCCGCCGGCCAUCACUGCAGCUCCCUGCCGCGCUCAGCGCCUGGGACGCUGGGCUGGCCCCGCUCCCCCGCCGCCACUGGCUCCUCUUCCUCGUCUUCAUCACCGCAGCGCAUCCCCAACCAGAACCCAGGUUCUGUGCCGUCCUCCCCACUGUCCCUCCAGUCGGAGCGGACCGACCCCCCUCCUGCGGUGGCGGUGCGUCCCUACGUCCCGGAGCAGCCGUCCAGGCCGCAGUCCCCCAGGAAGGGCCCGGCCACCAUGAACAGCAGUUCCAUCUACAGCAUGUACCUGCAUCAGCCUCAGGCCAAGAACCCGGGCCCUCUUGGGAACCGCGCCGCCGUCAGGGCAGUCUACGGGAAGCCCGUGGUCCCGUCCUCGUCCCCCAUCCCGCAGGACGAAGCCAAAGACGGCGCGGUCCUUCCUCCGCCCAGCGUGGACGGCUUCCCUCGACCUCUCAGUCCCACCAAGCUGACGCCGGUCGCCCACUCGCAGCUGCGGUACCAGAACGACGCCGAUCUGGAGGUUCUGCGGCGCCGUCUCAGCAACGCUCCACGGCCUCUAAAGAAGCGGAGCUCCAUCACCGAACCUGAGGGCCCCCAAGGGCCCAACAUCCAGAAGCUGUUGUACCAGCGGUUCAACACGCUGGCUGGAGGCAUAGAGGGCGGUUCUGCGAACACUUUCUACCAGCCGGACGGGCUCCUUGGGGACGUAGACGCCGUCCAUUCAGCCAACGAGAACCUGGACCAGGGAGACAGGGUAGUGGCCAGAGAGGUCAAAGGUCAGGACCUGAGCUCAGUGUCCUGCCGCUCCUCUCCACCCUCCGUUACUAUGGAAACACCCAAAGAGACAGAAAGCACCACCAACCAGCCUCCCUCAACACAACCCGGCUCGCCUCCAGAACCAGAGAGGUCCGACGUCCAGAACCAGAACCAGGGAGUGGCUGGCUCCGCCCACAUCUCACCUCCAGCACCUGCUGCUCUCCCUUCAGGACCAAAGGCAAAACGGACCAACCUGAAGAAGCCGUCGUCUGAGCGAACGGGUCAUGGCCUGAGGGUCAAGUUCAACCCUCUGGCUCUGCUGCUGGACGCCUCGCUGGAGGGAGAGUUCGAUCUGGUCCAGAGGGUCAUUUACGAGGUGGAGAACCCCAGCAUGCCCAACGACGAAGGCAUCACUCCUCUUCACAACGCCGUGUGCGCCGGUCAUCACCACAUCGUCAAGUUCCUGUUGGACUUUGGAGUGAACGUGAAUGCGGCCGACAGCGACGGAUGGACUCCGCUGCACUGCGCCGCUUCCUGCAACAGCGUCCACCUCUGUAAGAUGCUGGUGGAGUCAGGUGCCGCCAUCUUCGCCACCACCAUCAGCGACGUGGAGACGGCGGCUGACAAGUGUGAGGAGAUGGAGGAGGGCUACAGCCAGUGCUCCCAGUUCCUCUAUGGCAUCCAGGAGAAGCUGGGCGUCAUGAACAAGGGGGUGGCGUACGCGCUGUGGGACUAUGUCGCACGACGGGACGAUGAGCUGUCUUUCGGCGAGGGCGACGCCAUCACCGUUCUGCGUCGCCAUGAUGACACUGAGACGGACUGGUGGUGGGCCAGGCUGGACGAACGUGAGGGAUACGUGGCGAGGAACCUGCUGGGGCUGUACCCAAGGAUCAAACCCAGACAGAGGUCGCUGGCCUGAGAUCCGGCUCCAUGAGGAAGCGGAUGAGUGUAGGGUUGGUUCUGAGAGGAAGCAGCAAAGCACAUGUUGACCUUCAGCAGCUGAAGGACAGAAACAUCUGCCCACUAAGGCUCUUUCUCUCGGACUGCUCUUGACCUCUGAGGUUCUGGUGGGUCAGAGGAAGCGAUGAAGGGCAGAAGAAGAUGACCCAGGUCGGUUGAAGGUCACAUGAAGGUCGGUUGGCCUCUGACCUUUGGGCUGCUGAUGGAUCAGAAUCAGAAGAAGGAAACACGAGGUGAAGACAACGGUUUAAUGAAGCGGUCCUUGUCUCCAAAAGUUCCCCUGAACUCCAACUGUUCAUAAGAGGUUCCGGGUCACAUUCAGACCGGGUCAGAACAUCGGGUCCGAGUUGUUCUGGGCUUCAGAACCUUCUCUGCUGCUUGUUUUUAUGUUUUAUUCUCCUUAAUGUUGCUUUAUUUGGCCAAGCUUUGCUUUUCUCAUUAGAAUCAGUUCACUCACUGUGGAGACUCUGCUGCCAUCUAGUGGACAGUUUUAUGUGUGGGCUGGAUCAACGGCUCCACCUGCUGGACUGGAUGUGCCUGAAUUUUAUGUCCACGUUAAUAUUUUUAUUUCACAAACAUUUUGUUUCCAGAUGCUGCUUUAUGACCGGUUGAGCUGCAUUAUUAAAGUCAAAUAAAGCAUUUAAACCUCCCA